AUCAACUUUGUUUCUAUUUCAUGGUUUUACUGCUAUUCAAAACUGCGUUGCUUUCAUUCAGCGAAGUUCUUUUCUUUGAAGGUGUGCAGGGCUUUACUUAUAAUAAGUCAACCAUGACCAUGGGGCACACCCCUGCAACAUAUCUCAUAAUUAAUUAAUAAUAAUACUUUAUUCAAAAAUGCAGAUUACAUAUUUUGAAAAGGAAGACAUCUCUCUCUCAAGGAGGCUGUGUUUGAUUAUCCAAGCAUCUUGCAAGGAAUCGAUGGUGCCUCGGCAGAGAUGAAUUGCAGUCUGGUAUCACACAACAGCUUCAACGCUUCAGAAGAUCUUUCUAGUUUGGUUGAGGAUAAGACACCUUCGCUGAAGACUUAUUUAACGGUCUUGUCACCUCUUUAUCACGCUGAUUUUGAGAGCCUUGGAGAACCUCUCACAGUAUGCUGUCUUGGAUAGAGCAGGUACCACAUGUCAAGAUGGCAGGUCAAGAGAUCUUCCAUACGAAUUCCAUUUGCCAUGGCUUUACAAGACACAAGAUGUCCUAUGCAACAUGCGAGAUGCUGCUAUCGAUCAUCUAUCUGCAACCAGCUUGAAAGCAUCGUCAUUACUUACUCCAUGGCUUUACAAGACACAAGAUGUCCUAUGCAACAUGCGAGAUGCUGCUAUGGAUCAUCUAUCUGCAACCAGUUUGAAAGCAUCAUCAUCACUUACUUCAUGGUUUCAUAAGUUACAAAAUGAUCUCAUGGAUCUCUCCACGGCAGCUGGUAUGAAGGCAGCAAAAUAUGAUUAUUUUUGGUUGUACAAGAUUCGAGAUUGUCUUGUUGUACUUUUCCGCCUUCUUGCCACGAUGGAUAAAACAGCAACAGCUCGCAACAUCGCGUACGCCGUCGUCUCCUGCAAAGUUUUCUGUUUCUGUUUCACGUUUCUGGGCGUAAUGGAUGACGCAGCAACAGGACGAAGACAUCGGGACAGAAGUAUCGAGGAGAUGGACAAUAAGCUCGCUGGAAACACCCAACAACAUAACAACUGGAAAAACAAUAACAGGAGAAACAACAAAAAACAACAGAAGAGGAGAAACAGAAAUCGCAAAUAAAUUGCCUGGUUCAGAAACAAUAAAGGAGAAAAAGAAGCAGUGAUUGUUAUCAUUAUUUUAUUUUUCAUUUUUAUACUUUGYUUUAUGUUUGUGUUGUGACAAACUAAGUUUUUUUUAUGUACAAAUAAUGACUUUUGUAUUUGAGAUUUCAUUCAAACUUYGUAAAAUAGUUUGUUAAUAAAUUACUUUCCUCUUAUAAAAAUGGUUGGGCGUGCAUGCAUAGAGAGCUGAGGCCCUACAU